ACCUAUGGACGACUUUGGAUAAUUUCUCAUUAUGUUGCUUGCUGGUUAAGGUGACUGGUAAGAAUGUAUUGUAAAAUGGUAGAAUUGUCCUCAGAGGGACAGAGGAGAGGAGAAUGAUACACUUAGCAGUGGAGGUUGUGGAGUAGGGGAAGGAAUGUUCUAUGUAAACGUGUAAAGAAAAUAAUGAGAAAAGAGGUGGAUGGGUGUACAGAUUAAUACAUGAGAGCAAAUGUGUGAAAUGUUUUUGUACUUGCUGGGUAGGAGUGUUAUGUUCUCGUGGGCUAUUGUGGAAUCUUGAGGAGAGUAUCAUUCACUGAGAAUUCAGAGGGUAUUUUCCUAUGUUACCUGAGUGAUGUUGACAGCAUUGUGUUCAGGGCAAAGAAAAGUCAUGCAAUAAAAGUCUUGAUUUUUGCUGUAGGUACAGUAUGACACAGAAAUAUCUAUUAAUUUCUACUAUUUGUGGUGAGACAAUAAAGAUGCAUGAUAUCCAAUGUCAGCUCUUCAACUGUAAGAACCAAAACAAGUCCUUGUUGUUGGUUAAAGACCAUCUUUAUUCCUAUAGUAAUUAACCUUUUAGAUCUCGGCUUGAGUGAUCAGUGGGAGUUUCCUUUUGCGUCACUUAAAACUUAAAACUAAAAACAAGCCUGAGAGGAACAAGUACUAAAUAUAGUAGCAUGGUAGCAUGUUGUAUGUGUCCACUGCAAUUACACUUAUUGAGCAAACCAAUCUUUCUCUUACUCUCAUUCUUUGUAAUAUUGUUUAGUAUUCCAUAUUCUCAUGUAGGGUCAUAUUGUGAUUGAUGAAGUUUGCAAAUGUUAUUGGCGGUCAGUGGACACCAGAGACAUUGAGGUAACUAACCAACAAAAUCAUUCUCAUGAUUUAAGAAAUAAUCACAAUUUAAGCCUUGCAUGUGCGGACCUACCCAAAUGAACCAAGACAUACAUGGUUAAGCUCAGUCAUGAAUUCUUAGUAGCAGCGAUAUGACGUUGCAAGUGGAAUAAAUGACAGGUCUCAGUUCAUGUCAUAAACCCAUCAGUGUGUUUCCUGCACUCAUGUGUGCUCUCUCUCUGUGUCACAGCACCAUGGCAACCUACCUCUGGCUGGUCCUGGCCAUCGUCAGUGAUGUUGCAGCAUCCUUGUUACGUCCCCCACGUCAACUCUCCCCCUGUCAAAUGGUCCAGAAUGACGUGUACUGCAACGAUCUGAACCUGAGGACCGUUCCAGCCAAGCUUCCUCAUGGCAUUCAAAAGCUCGACCUGUCUCGAAACCUUCUACAAAACAUUACUCAAGAAGUUCUAGCAAUCUACACCACCGUUCAUCAUCUGAACCUCCACUCCAACAAGAUCCAGUUCAUCCAGCCAGGUCUGUUCAAAGACAUGACCAAUCUGCAAGUGCUGGACCUCUCCAGUAAUUACUUGGAUGUUUUUGCUGUUUCGAAAACCAGCAUUGGGCCUCUUACGGCUGUGGAGAGGCUUGACCUCUCAGGCAAUGGCCUGUACACGGGGAUGACCGACUUUUUUCUCAGUGAAGCCCCAGCACUAAUGAACCUUUCUCUGAAUGGCAACAGUAUCACCAAAGUGGGCAAGGAGACCUUUUGCGGAGCUUUGGCCUUAAGAAACAUUGAUCUUCACAACAACGUCAUCUUAGAGAUUGAGGACGGAGCAUUUGACUCGUUGCUCCAUCUGUCCGAGCUUGAUUUGUCCAUUAACUCCAUCACUUGCAUCACUGACUUUAACCUUUCCAAACUCAAGGUGCUGAACCUCAGUAAGAACAGCAUGGAGUGCUUCCAAACCACAGAUUCAGACCUAGAGUAUGAGCUCCUCUACCUCGACCUGAGGGAAAACAAUAUCCACUAUUUCCCCGUUCUCCCCAGAAGGAACAAGCUCAUGUACCUGGAUUUGUCCAGGAACCACCUGAUGAGUGUCAAUACCACAGGAACUGCCGAUGAGCUCGAGCACUUCAGAAACACGUUCGUACCUCAAACGCAGUCAGGUGGAAUGAGCAGACACCAGGACUUCUCAAGGCUCAAGUACCUCAACAUGAGCUACAACCAGAUAAAGAGCAUACCGAUGUCUUACUUCUGCAGCAUGGUGUCCCUUGUGCAUCUUAACGUAAGUAAUAACUGUAUCGGGGCCUUUUCUAUAGACCAGGAGAGCCCUCUGAACUCUCUGAAGACCCUGGACCUGAGUUACAAUGCCCUACAAAACCUCUCAUUUGGGGAGAACACCCUCCGGUCACUGCAGGAACUCUUCUUACAAGGGAACUUCCUCACCAUAAUGGACUCUGGAACGUUCCAAAGACUGCCUAGCAUCAGAGGCCUUCACCUCCAGCAGAACUACCUGAAAGUCUGCCCUUCACAGCGAAAAUCACCCCAGACAGACCACAACUCCCAGGAUCCUCCAGGCUGUGUCUCCUUUACAUCAAUACCAAGCCUGCACUUGUUGUACCUUUCUGGAAACAAUCUUGAGGUUCUGCCACCAUAUGCCUUCAAUGGCACCCCACUCAGGUUGCUGGACCUGUCCCUAAACCCAGGCUUGGACAUUCACCAGAAUGCUUUCUCUAGUUUGGAGACCUCCCUAAUUAAUCUCUCACUGAGAGAAAACCACAUCCCAGAAUUGAACACGGACCUUUCCCUGCUAAGUAGUCUCAAAUUUGUGGACCUGUCCACCAACAAGCUGACCACUCUCCCCCUUUGGAACAAGGCGUCCUCCAUCGAGUCCCUGAACCUGCAGAACAACAACCUGGUGACCCUGGAGUACAACACAGUCCUGGUCCUGGAGCGGACGCUCAAAACCCUCUAUAUGGGCUCGAACCCUCUCAGUUGCUGCAGCAACCCCCGCUUCCUCAACAUGCUCCAGCACUCUGAUGUGGUCAUCCCUGACUUCGCGAUAGUAACCUGCCAGUACACAGGGAACUCGGAGCCAGUGGAGGUGAAUGUUGGGAGUGUGACGCAAGAGCAGUGUCAGAAGCUGGACAGUAAGAGCGUGAGCAUUAUCGUCAUCGUGGUGACAGCUUUGGUGCUGAUAGCGGUGCUGGUGGUGCUCUCCAAGGUGUGCCACCCCAAAAGGCGCAAGCUCAACAUCAGCUUCAGGGCCUAAAGAAGGUGUCCUGUGAUUGAGGACAAAGAGAUGCUGGACAUGUCUCCUCCCAGAGACUACUAGGCUGAGAAAACCAGAGCCUGUUGGUGCCUUUCAAUGUGAAGUGUGCACCAUUUCCAAAUGUUAGCUCAAUUUUGGAGGGAAUGUGCUGAGUUCUGGAACAUGGGAGCCAAGUCUUGAAGGAAAUGGCUCCAUUAGAUAUUUCAGCUCACCUGUGAAGUUAAAGAAAAAUACACAAAAACAAUUACCACAACAAUAGGACUUUAUUGGAGAGAGGGAAACUACGUCAAUGACAGUACAGAUUUGAUCAACCGAAGCACAGUGACUCAUUUGGGGUCAGAUUGGUGACACGUUGUGUCUUAUAGAAGUUGCAUAAAUUGAAAGUGUUGUUCUCUUCUUUUCUUCUUCUAGUUAAUAACAUACAGUUAUGUGAAACACAAGAGGGUGAAUGUGGUCACUUUUUAUAUCAUUAUCAUGUGCACAUACAGUAUAUAGAAAUGUAGCCAUUAUUUAAUGACUGCACAGGGUCAGCUGAUAUGCAUUAGAUUUGCUGGUCCAAACCUAUGGCCAUACACCAACACCUCUCUUUCUCAAUGCAGUAGUUUGCACUUUAAUUGUAUUGUAUUUGUAGAUUUAUUUUAUUAUUAUUAACCUGCUUUUGACUAAGGUAUUUUUGUAAUAUAGACUAAAUGACACUAAGUGGGGAGCGCAUAAUGCAAACAUGCCCAUCAGUGCCAUGUAAUGGCAGAGUGGAGAGCUCUCUUCAAUUAAUCUCAAAAUCAGCAAAUCAUUAUGAAACCACAGGGUGUGAAGGUCAUGGCUGCAGUUCUUUAGAAUAGAUGAAUGUGACACUACUUUAGUAUUCAAUCAGUGUUUUGUAGAAUUUACAGAUUCUAUUUGUGGGACAUGAAUAGGAUGUACUGUAUAGACGUGAAUCAUUUCUCCUCCUGUGGGUAAUUCCUAUAGGAGGAGUUGCAGUGAAUAUUAAUUUCGUAGCUGUAUUUUUGUAUUUUUCACUGGUAGAGAAAGGGGUGUUAUGGGGGAACCAAAACAGGAUUGAAGCAAUAACUCCAAAGGAAGCAGUACUGUCGGAACACCGACAGAAAAUUAUGUAGCUUGUUUUCACAGCUUGUAGGGCACCGCAGAUACCUUUCCUGUUAUUGAUAAACUCACUCUUGCAAAAGCCCAUACUAAAUAAUAAUUUGCAAUUUCACAAUGCUGGGUUUCCCUUGCUACGGGCAUUAGUCAAAAACAUUUUUUCCACAGAAAUCCUCUCUGGUUGCUACCAUACAUAGAGAGGCUGUCAAGUCAAAUUACCGGUUUGAUAAGUUAAAUGAUACAGUGGAUUAGUGAGGCUUUAACAGAUAGGAGGACUUGUUUUGUUUUACUGAAACAAAAGCCUUGUUUAAUGCAUUCUAAUCUGGCCUUUGGCUCGAGGUUUUCUCCCUAUGUCGGUUGAAUGACAGAGCAGAGUGAGAGGAGCAAACAUCAACCCCACGCUUUCUUCACAGGGAAUUUGGAUAGGCUUGGUCCCUUAAUCAUCGUUGCAGUGAACUCAUGCCAGACUGAAAUCCUUGACUGCGUAACAUUCAGGUUUUUCCACCAGCAUCUCCAUGAUCAAUCAAAAUCACGUAAAUGCACGGAUUUGAGACAAUCAAUGUCAUUUUGAAGAAAGAUUGCUUUGUUAUUCACAGGGAAGCUAUCCAUGUUGCAUUUGUUCUCACAGAGAUCUUGGCCUCUUUAUCUGCGUAGGCCUAGCCCACAAGACCAAUCAUGAACGCUAGAGAUUCCCCAGACUAGAAUUGUCCUAAGCCUUACGCAAAUGGAACACUUGCCCCAACAGGUCAGUGAUGUAACAAAGCAAAGUAACAAAGAAGUGACAAAGUGACAACCAAAGACAGACCAAACUGUGUAGAGAGUUGGUUGCAUAAUGUGUUUGCUUUCUGCCUUUUACAUUGCAUACGUACUGAAAUCAUUAUUAUAGUGUAUUUCUACGUUGGAUGUGGUAGAAGGAAGGAUAUGGUUCCUUACUUAUCUUCUUGUUAAUGGUAGGACUAUUUUAAACAAGAAAAACAAGCCAAGGGAAAUACUUGGUGAGGGAAAUAUGACCUGAAACAUAUUUAUAGAUAUUUGUUCCAGAGAUAGCACGACAAGAAGAGUUAUAUCCUGUUUCUCACUGUUCAUGCAGUCACAGUACUGCAUUUGGGGUAACCCUCUUGCUGCUUUUGCCCGCUCACAUGACUGAACUUCAAGUGAAACCGUCAAAGGUCAAACUAAUGUAUAUGACAAAAGAAGUAAUCUGCUGCUUGAAGUGACAUCCACCACAGACAACAGUCAGUGCUCAACAUUUUACAUAAAUUGACAAUAAUAUAAUAUAAUGUCAUGAAUAUCUUAAGCCACACGUGUGUGUAGCGAAACGCUAGACUGGCGUUUCAGUUUGGAUGCUAUGCUUAUACAGGCUAAUCAAAGAUACGGCUGUGUAUGUUUCGCUUAAUAAAUAAAGGAUAUUAGCAUAAAUGGAGAAUGGUUAUGAUGGUGUUAUGUCACUUUCAUACGUACUGAAAUGUUACUGACAAUGUUACAUACAGUUUAAUGCAAUGUUAAAUUGAAGUUGCACCCUUGCUUCUGUUUUAUCUAUCCACUUUUACAUGUACAGCAUAUGAAGGAUAUUACAAUGGAUCUAUUUUGAACUACGGUAAAAAAUAUAUAUUUAUAUUGUUUUGUAUUUUCUUAAGUAAAUGAUCUAUGAAUCAGAA